ACCCAAGGAUAGAGAAUGAACAAAUGCAGUAUUAUUUUUCUAGGAAUAUUAGUUACGAUUUGUUAUGGCCGGGAACCUAUUAAGCCUUUCCAUGGAGCAGUGCCAUACAUGGUGUAUUACACGUCGCGUUAUCGCGGCAUAUGCGUUGGCACGCUGGUCCACCAAACGGUGGUACUAACCGCCGCAGUGUGUGUGUGCAAUCCGCGCUCACUAAUACCUGACACCCAACCCAUCAACGUUGUUACUGGCACCUCAUACCGACAUCCACGAAGAGGCGUACGCGUACAAAUCACCAAAAUUUUAAAGCCCAAAAUGCCCACUGACUUGUCCAGAAGAGCACACGAGUUACAGAUUUCUCCGGCCUUACUCCUUAUGAAGAGAAAAAUUCCAGACGUGCUGACCGAAGUUCCUCUUCGGGCUCUGGAUAUCGAUUGGAUGAGCGAAGAGAGCCUAAACCUCCAAGAGGAAUGCAUGAUGAUUGGAUGGCAUUUCUUUUAUAAAAAUGAUAAAAUUUUCCCCGUGUCUAAGUUUCUAUUACAGCGUAAUAUCCGGGUGCAGUUUCUGAAUGUUGUAAGGAUGCACGCGUGGUGCGACGUAUUGUCUAUAAAAUUAGAGAAAUCGCUCGCCAAUCUUGGGUACGAAGGCGAACUAGACAAAAGUAACAUGAUCUGUGUACGGGAUCCUGACCAAGCAGCGCAGCCGUGUCAUGGAUCGUAUGGAUCUCCGCUGGUCUGCCGAGGUCGCGUAGUAGGUGUCAUGGUAUCACCCGAUGGGCAGUGGACCAACUGUACUGGUCAGUCCAACAUCAUCCACCGCUUCAAUACCAGCCCUAUAUCGAACUUCAUGAAAUGUGUCAGCGGCAUGUUCUCGUCAGAAAUGCGCUCCAACGGGGAGGAAAUGAAAAAAGCGUUGUAUGACGAAAUGGAUGAAUAUGACUACCUGCCAGCGUUGUACGGGAGGGUGGUAGCGGUAGAUGGCGAAUCCAGCUCAGACGAAAUAUAAUUACGUAACCUUAUCGCUCGUUCUACAUUUUUCUGAAAAACGUUUAUGCGUGGCGAUUAUUAUUUAUUGCUCUUUGAAGAGGUUUAAUUAGCAUUUAGUUUGGAUUGAAAUAAUUUCCUGCGCGGUAUUAGGUAUUAUAUUACGAGAGAAAAUUUAUUAUUUCCCCGUCUUUUG